AUGGAGAAGACAGAGGCAGGGGAAGAAGAAAGUAGACGAGGAGCAGAGAUGCGAAUGGACCUAACGGUUGUGAAGCAAGAAGUAAUGGACUGGUCAGAAAUGGUAGAAGGAACGCUGAAUGGCCAGUGGGUAAAGCAGGAGCCGGACGAACCUGAGGUGAAAGAAGAAAAACCAGGCACAUUGGAGGUGAAGCAGGAGAUGGAUAGUAAUUUGAUGGUGAAAGAAGAAAAGGUAGAAACAGAGAUAAAGGAAGAGAAAGUGAAGGUGAAGGAAGAAGUGCUGGACUGGUUAGAAGUGAAGGAAGAGAAGAAAGAUAGCUUGGAGAUUAAACUUGAGGAAGUGUCUCUUGAUCAGAAUAUUAAAAAGGAGGAAAUAAUGGAUGAAGUGUAUGUAAAAGAAGAGAAGUAUUUCCCCAAAGAAGAAAUGAUGGAUGAUACAAAGGUGAAAGAGGAGCCUCAGAUAAAUCCCUCAGUGGGCUCCAAGCGGAAACUGGCCAUGUCAAGAUGUGAAACUUGUGGUACAGAAGAAGCAAAGUACAGAUGUCCACGUUGUUUGCGGUAUUCCUGCAGUUUGCCCUGUGUAAAGAAACACAAAGCAGAACUAAUAUGUAACGGAGUUCGAGAUAAAACUGCCUAUGUUUCAAUACAACAGUUUACUGAAAUGAAUCUCCUAAGUGAUUAUCGAUUUUUGGAAGAUGUGGCAAGAACAGCAGACCAUAUUUCUAGAGAUGCUUUCUUGAAAAGACCAAUCAGCAAUAAACAUAUGUACUUUAUGAAAAAUCGUGCUCGAAAGCAAGGUAUUAAUUUAAAACUUCUACCCAAUGGAUUCACAAAAAGGAAAGAAAAUUCAACAUUUUUUGAUAAGAAAAAACAACAGUUUUGUUGGCAUGUGAAGCUUCAGUUUCCUCAGAGUCAAGCUGUGUAUGUAGAAAAAAGAGUACCAGAUGAUAAAACUAUUAAUGAAAUCCUAAGACCUUACAUUGAUCCUGAAAAGUCUGAUCCUGUAAUUCGUCAAAGGUUGAAAGCCUACAUUUGCUCUCAGACUGGGGUCCGAAUUUUAAUGAAGGUAGAAAAUAUACAGCAAAAUUUAGUAAGAUAUUAUGAGCUGGAUCCUGACAAAAGUCUCCUUGACAAUUUGAGGGGCAAAGUGAUCAUUGAGUACCCAACAUUACAUGUGGUAUUAAAAGAAUACAGUAAUGACAUGAAAGUUCUUCACCAAGUGAAUAGUGGAUCUACUAAGAACACUGGUGAUGAAAAUUGA